AUGGAUGAACGGGGUGAGACGACCGUCCACCUCCACAUCCUCCACGCCCUCUCAGCCUCCUCCACCCUCCUUCCAGCAACACCUUCCACCACCAGCACAGCAAGCUCUUCAUCGCCCAGCAGACUCUUCCGCGCCCAGAAGGCCUCUUCCUCACCAAACAAACACCACAACACCGGCCUCUCACCACCACCAUCACCAUCACCGACAAUGCCUCCCAAGAAGCAGCAGCAGAAAGGCAAGGGGAAGAAGGAGGUCGCCGUGGCCCCGGUCGUCGUCGACCCGGCCAAGUUCCACCCGCUUCUGGUUGACAUCGUCUCCCGCAUCGUGGAGAUCGACCAGCUCGGUGCCUCCUGCGUCCCAAUGGAUGCAGACAAGAACCACUAUGAGUUCUUCUCCCCAGCCGACCGCAACAAGGCCCGCGACGCCGGCUUCCCCACCGCCCGCCUCGCCAUCACGCAGACGCUCUACCCGCACACCAAGCCGAGCGACGAGACCGCCGAGCCCCCCAAGCAGCCGCCGCCAGACGUCCGCGUCAUCUACAUCCCCGAGCGCCGCCGCGAGGCCUACAAGGACCUCGACAAGAGCACCCUGUCCCCGCGCCAGAUCGGCACCAUCGGCAUCGCUCUGCGUGCCUCCCCUUUCGUCCAGUUCCCAGCCGUCCUGUUCGCCGACGCGGUCUGCAUGGGCCACGAGGUCGUCCGCACCAUGUUCGAACCCUUCGCCCGACUGGUCCUCACCUCCGUCCCGCAUGUGCACAUCGACGCCAUGCUGCUAUACAUGAUGCUCUUCAUGUCGCCCGCGGAGAUCGGCUCCGGAGCGGAGAAACAGGGGUACGGGUUGGAGAACGAGGUGUGGGAGGGUAGGCGGGAAGAUGCGCUCAAGUCGCUCCGCGACACCUUCCACGAUACGGGAAAGACUCCGGCUCAGUUACGCGCAGAGACCCGGAAAGACCUUGUGGACAAGGCCCAGACGAUGAAGGCGUUACGGCGCUACAUUGCGGCGGUGCUUGCUGCGCCGCAUGAGGAGGUGGAGGACUCCGAAGAGGAGAAGGAGGAGUCAGCGGAGAAGAAGGAGGAUGUUGAAAUGAAGGACGUUGCCGAGUAG